AAUGACCGAAAAUUUUAAAUUGAAAUGGGUUGAAUGCAAACAAAACAUUAAUUAUCAAGCGUUCAGGGAAGGAGAGCAAUUAGUCAAUCACAUACCAAAUUGUGGCCUAUUAACCAAUAAGUUAGGCCUACUUAAUUCCCUACAAUCUUUCGAUCGUGUUACGACAGCGGUGAAAAAAUCGAGGCAAUCGACAAUAAUUAAAUCCUAUUUGGAUUUCACGCCAGAAACUUUCCGGGUAGAUGAUAUGAAAGAACGUGAAAAGUUCUUUCAAGAGUAUAAAGAAGGUGAUAUAUGGAUCUGUAAACCAACUGGCACGAAUCAGGGUAAAGGUAUAUUCCUCGUUAGAGAUCUUAAUGAAUUUCGAGCAACUCUAGUCGAAUACGAUGAAAAGAAAAAGGAAAAAAAAGCCUAUAAACCAACAACAAACAGAAUUAUUCAACGCUACGUAGCCAAUCCUCUUUUACUUGACGGCAAAAAAUUCGACUUGAGAGCUUACAUGUUAAUAUCAAGUACAAGUCCACUAUUAGUACUUUAUGCGCAUGGUUACGUAAGGCUAUCGUUAGCCCAAUACGAUAAUGACACAACUAAUCUCGUUGCCCAUUUAACAAAUCAGUAUAUUCAAAAGAAAGAUCCAGCUUAUAAAGACGUUAAAGAGGAUACCGUCUGGUCUUUUGAUAAGCUAAAUGACUACGUUAACAGGCAUGUUGCUCCUGGAAAGGAGGUUGAAAAUGAUUGGGUAAAGAAUGGGAUGACUAAAACAAUUAAAUCAAUUAUGGUGCACCUAAUCAAAUGCGUACAAAAUCGAUUAGCAGCUAAAGUUGGUUAUUUCGAUUUAUACGGUUUAGAUUUUAUGAUUGAUGAAAAUUUAAAAGUAUGGUUUAUUGAGGCAAACGUUAAUCCGGCUUUGGCGACAAAUUGCGGAGUACUUAAAGAUGUUAUACCCGGAGUUGUUGACGAAACUCUUCGACUAUCUAUUGAAUGUUUUGAAAAAUCAAAGAGAAACGUUCAAUUAUUACCAUUAAAGAAUUUGAAAACCUUUGAAGUUAUAUAUAGCGAAACAAAAAAUAGGUUAAUUGAUGGGCCUCCUAUUCGUCAACCCCAACAAUCUCUAUCUCCUAAACCUAACAGACGUUCCAGAUCUUUAUCACCCGGCAAAGAGAUGACAACGAUAAUUGAAACUGUCCCCCAAACUUUGAAUACGCCGCAAAAAUCACUGCCAGCUAAAGUUCCUUUAACAGUACCAAGUUUAAGGGGAGUACCACCUGGAAUGGAGCGGAGUCCUUACGCUGCAAGCGAUUCUAUACGUUUCCGAUUAACACAUGCCCAGAGGAGGGCAAAUAGUAGCAACACUCAUAGUGGGCAGAACAAUAGCACUACAACUUCAAAUAAUAAUCACGCCAAUAAUAAUACCACCAACUCUGCUACAACUGCGGCAGCUAAUAAUAACAUUAAUAAUAACAAUGGUGGUAAUAGUAAUGAUAAUAGCAACAGCAAUAUCACCGGAAAUAGCAAUAAUAAUAACGACGUUACCGCUAAUACUGGCAGUAAUACGAACGUUGCUAAUGAAGCGAAACAAGCCCGAAGUGGAAUUAGAGCGGACGAAAGAGGAACGAAACUUCACAUUAGCAACAAUUCCAAGAAACAAGAAUCGAUAAACGCCUCAAAUGAAGAUAAAAGUAAAGGUAAAAAAUUGGAAAUCGUAUCUGUUAAGGCAAAAACAAAAACUCAAGAUGAUACUACGAAAAAGCCUUGUGCAAUUUGCGAAGACAAGGGUGCUAAGCAAUCAACAGGUCAACCAUCAACGUCUAAGGAUGAUUCUAAAGUACUUGCUGAAGCAUUAAUACCCAAAUUGGCCAGAAGGAGCGACCAAACAAAACUGUCGAAAACUGUUCUCAAAUCGAAAGAGGGCGCCAUUUUAGCCUGUAAAACAACAAAACCAAGAUUUGAAAGCAGAAGACAAAAACAGAAAGACGAUACUCGUUCCAGAAGUGCGACAAUACCUAAAAAAGUUUCAGUUAACAUCACUCAUGGACACGAUGUAGCCGAUAGAGGGAGCUAG